AUGGUGAAUGUUACAAGGGUUCGCUUCGAGAACCAUGAGAAUGCGAUUGGGAUUAGUGAGAGUGAACCGCGGGUCUCGUGGAGCUUUGAAAGUGAGGGGGACGAGAGAGAUUGGGUACAGAGAUCUUAUGAGUCGGAAAUUAGGAGGAAGAGUGGCGUUGAGAGGUUCAGAGGGGAGAGAUGUGAGGUCAUCGAGCCUGCAAUGCCUUAUGUUACCGCACCUGGGAAGCCACAUCGCCCUCUGGUUUUUAGACGGGAGGUGGAGGUGGGGCGGAAUAUGAAGGAGGCGGGAUUGUAUAUCACGGCCCAUGGGGUGUAUGAAGCGGCAAUUAAUGGGAGGAAAGUGGGAGAUCAUAUUCUAGCGCCUGGGUGGACGAGUUACGGGCACUGGCUGGUCUAUCAGACGUUCGAUUUUUCGGAGCACCUGGUUGUUGGCAGCAAUACUAUGGAAGUUGAUGUUACUGAAGGAUGGUACUUUGGGAAACUUGGGCGGGGGGUGAGAAGCUUGACUGGAGCGGCAAGCGGGCGGCGCCGCCCCCGCCCCCUGAACGAGCGAAGCGAAAUAAAUGUGGGGUCAGGGGCCUGGCGGGUCUGGGGGAAUAUUGAUCCGGAGCCCCUCUGA